AUGUUUAGGGAGAUCCUUGAGUGCGUGCUGGAGUUUGUUGGCUCCCACAGCGAGCAGUACGGCUGCAGCGGAAAGGAGCUGCUCUCAUUUGUUUCCAACGACGCACUUCCGUACCACGGCCUUGUGGACCAUGCAUCUCUGCGCCAGAUGGUGCUAGACCUUCUUCUAAGCGAAAGUGGCGAAGUUAGCGUCAAACGGGAUGGGAACCCUGUGGUGCCGUCCGAUCUAUUGAAUGGCACAGUGCCAUACGAGCAGUGCACCUUUUAUCCAAGCAUGGCGUUGCAGGAAAAGACGUUAGGUGUAUCUCUCCGUUUUAAGAACACACGAAUCGCUGUGAACUACGCGUGCGAUAACUUAGUGACAGGGGUCCGCCGCUUUCAGAAUUCUGCAGCCGGUGAAGAAGAAAGACGCCCAUCCGAGGCAGGCUUGGGAGGUGGCAUCCGGCGGCUGCUACGAGAGCAGUGGUUGCGCGUGUUUUAUGUGUGCGUGGACGAGGGAGCCCCGGUUGUGCCGCAUCUGUUUCCACACUUUGCUACGCCACCGCCACCGAAUCAACCAAAACAACACCUUCGGCCCUUGGAGGCAUAUUUGGCAAGGCGUCGUGGGGAACUGCAGCCGCCACUUAUUGUCAUAGAUCCCCUGGUGGCACGCCAGAUUGUUUUAUCAUCACCGGAGCGUCGACUGGUUUUUGAGGAUGCCAUACACGCCAUAUUUGCGGCACACGGUCACGAAGUGCCGGUUAUAAACGGUCGAAGGAUGUAUUUGGCCCUAAGACGCAUGCUUCGAGCCGGGGGACUGCGCAUUGCCAUUGCACCCAUUUUUAUCAGGAAAAGUAAGCGCAAUGCGCGUGUUGUGGUUGCUAACAGUUCUCCGGACGCAUCUGAUGCUGAUGAUGAUGAUGAUGAUGAUGAUGAUAAUGAUGGUGAGGACGAUGAUAGCAAUAUGAGUGGAGCAUCGAACUCCAGUGAUGAGGAUGAUAACGACGCGGAUGAGGGUAAUGAUGAUAGUAAAGAACAUGGUGGUGGUGCGGCAGCCGAUUUAAAUGUGGAUGCUAAGAGGAACAACGAGUCUUUCGGCAUUGACCCGUCGUACCCGUUGUCGCUGCAAUUGGCAAAGGAGGCGGAGCGGCGGCCACUUGUGAUGGAAUCGGUGUUACCACGUGUCACUCUGUACGAUUUGAGGGCGACGGGGAACGAACUGCUCCGCUUUGCCCGGCAGUUCGAAGAGCGCUGGGAAACCAUUGAGAGUACCAACGUGUUGAGUGCUCAUAGCAAGGCCUUCACCCGUCUCCUGCGACCAAAAGGGUGGGGUGACGAUCGACAUGGUAGCGCCGAUAAAAUGAGUAGCAUGGAAGGGAAGGAGUUGGAUCUGGUAAAGGGCGUGUCGAGUUGGGCCGUGAAUAAAGUCAUGGAGGCUCUGCAUGUGGCACCCCUGCAGGCAUUAUUGCUGAAUGAUCUUUUACGCAUCGUUGACCGCCGCACCUUGGGUCGUGUAAUUCCAUUUCUGCGUGACAAAGGCCUUGUUGCGACGACAGGCUUAAGUACACCUAAAGGCAGACGCCUUGGCGUCGUUACCAUUGCCGGUGUGGAGUUGACAGCUGAGUUGCGGGCGAAGUUGAUGCAUUCGCACCUUGAUGGUGCUUCUGUUCGUGGGCAGAAGCGGAAACGAUCGACUGCGCUGAUAAAGCACCUGCCAGAUCCUAAAAAGGGUGAUGAGGAUGACUCCGCCGCUGCUGCCGUCGCUACGAAGCCCUGCUCAAGAAGCGUACGCAUGGUCGCCAAGGUCACAAUGGUGCGCAACGGAUAUAGCCGGAUUGGCCUAUUUCGCUUGUCGCGACUGCAUUUGGAGCUUUGGCGUCUUUGGCUUGCCCUCAGGCAGACACCCAGUACCCCGAUGACAGUUGAGCGGGUACUGCAUGAGAUGAGCUUUAGUUCUUUUUGCAUCAUCGUCGGCGUUGCGGAUGUUGAUGUGGGCGAGUAUGUGGGCGGAAGAUCAAUGGAGUCAUGUUUGUGGGGAACACCAAUUUGCCGGCUUCCCCCCUCGCUGCAGACUCGCUGUCGUCGGUCUGGCGUGCAGCCGUUGCUGCAUUCCCUCGCCGGUUUGCAGUCAAAAGGUCUCCUGGUGUGUGAAAGGUCUCUCGUGGCUUAUUUGGACGUGCCGCUUGCGGAGGUUUCCAUCGCACUUGUUUCCACCGCUUUGGAUGAGCGACGCCGCCAGCACAUAUUUUGCGACGGUACUGACAUGACUCCACAAGACACGUGUCGCGCGGUGCUGAAUUUCUGGAGCGAGUCGUGGACAACUGCCGCAGUGACGCAUGAGCCAUUUCGCGCUAUGGAGCUCAUCAGUGAGGUUGUGGCAACUGAACCGAAUUUGUCGAAUGCACAGCUGAUUGCCCUCUCACGACUGCUACGCAUAGACCCUGUCAUCCUCGCAGAACACGUUCUGCAGCGUCAAGGAGUUGUGCGCGCGCGGAAACGCACCCUCCGUGACGUGAUACAGGUGGAAGAAUCCAACAAGGGACGUGGCGAGGGUCAUCGUGCCUCUUGCACGCGGCGUCGCAUCGAGGUGAAUGGUGUGACAAUGGCCGAGGCACUCGGAGCUAUUCUCCAGUCGGAACAACCAUACUUUGGCCUUGCAAACCUGCAGAGGCUCGUGCGAGGCUACAGUAAAGAAUUGUGUUCCUCCCGCUACGACCCGCAACGAAAACGUGUUCAUGGUAGUAUCCAGACAUUGAUACAGGUUCUCAUGAAUGUUAUCGAGAGACAACAGCAAAGCGGGAUGCCGCCUGCGGUGCACUCAGUGAUGACGUCGGUGCUUUCGCCCAAUUUUUCAUUGGCACCCGACGAUGGGGAGCAAAGAGCUUCUGAGCAGGAAGAUGGUGCACCCACUGGCCCUGCCAUACAGGAAAACAGCGCCAUGGACGCCUCCCACGGGGUACCAUGUGAGGCACUGCAGGAUGUCUUGCGGAUGAUCCUUUUAACUGACGAGGCACAUUACGAUGCCAUUGCGGCAAAGGCUUUACUUGCACAGUUUCCAGAGGAGGAGCAGUUGCGCUGCAUCGACUGGCUAUUCAAAUUCCCCUCCUUCCGAACACGGUCGGGUGGCUCCGGCCGAAUACCGCGCAUUGAAUUGUCGCCGAUUUUCACAUUUGUCCCGGCGACAUUGGCGACAACGGUUACUCACUGCCAGAGCAGGGCCUCUAAUUUUUUGCAGGAAAUCACCACCUCUCUGCUUUUCACAUCACCGCCGAAUUGCCAGCGAUGGUGUGUACCUCCGUUUGCAGUGACGGAAAACACGACUGGGAGGGACCCGCUUUGCCAGGCUCCACGCCUUGUUGAGCAGCCGUCAAUGAACUUGGACUCAUUUGCAGAGGAGAUUCGGGAGCAGAAGGGACUCCGUGUGCUGCGGCUGCCACGCUUUGCAUGGCCCUCACACCCAGCUGCUGCACCAAAGACAACACUUCCGCCUGGUGUGGCUGCAGCUAAUGCGGCUGUGAUUCCUGAAGCGGUGUCGGCAGCGACAUCAACGCGAACCAAAACAGAGCCGUAUCCUGCGCGUGCUCUUCUUCGUCCAUGGCGGCAUUUGAACCAUCUCGAGCUGCGCGACAUCCCUGUUGAUUCCGCCCCGUCCGUAGAACAGGUGAUAAUGGCGCGCUCUGCGAGCGCAACACCGAAGAAUGAAGGAUUACCCUUGCCACGAUUUCCGAGCAUUUUCCAUCAUGUGGAUGGUUCGUUUCAUGAGUUUGUGUGGCGCUCUUUUCUAUUUGCCCUCUAUAGUCUCGUGCAUCAUUUCCCUGGUAUCACCAAGGAACAGCUGGUGCAGCGACUAAAGGUGAGCGGACUUGUAAGCGAUGCAUCGUGUCAUGUGGCGCUGGAGUUUCUCAAGGCAUCGUUGGUGAUUGUGGCGCGUCGUGUUUUGGUGCCUUGCGACGGGGAGGUUCAAAGUCCGUUCAGUAGAUCCGGUGCGGCGUGUAAAUACAGUGAGUGCUACUUUUGCACCGUCUCCCGCGAUGGCCCGUGGCGCAUCAUGGAGUUGUAA